AGUGGUACGACAGUUAUGCUCGCAAAUCUUUCCUUCAGGUCCCACUUUCUCUCUCUCUUUCUCUCUCUCCUCCGCGUAUAUUUUCGUCGGACGUUCGUAACGGUCAUAUUUUCCGAUAUAUCUUUCUCUCUCUAAAAACUACCAAUGUAAUAAUCUCUACACAUAAAUACACGCAUUAAUAUACAUAAUUUUCCGCUUAAUCUUCGUAGUUUGCACUGAUUACUCUAUAAAUUCAGCUGAAUUUUUGGAGAAUUAGGGUUUUAAGAUAGUGAAAUGAAAAGUUUCCGGAGAGAUGUGAAGAUUGUGUGAGAGUAGCAAUGGUAGCUGCCGUAUCAACAACGAAGCUAAAUCCUAAGGUUACGUCGAAUUGUUCGAGUUAUCAGAAUCCGAAAAGGCCGCCAUUGUUGCCUUCAGAAGCUGAGAAUAAUGGACGUUCUAGAAGACCGAAAACCAAAGAGGUUAGUUCUCGGUACCUUUCGACUUCUUCUUCAUCUUCCGUCUCAACGACGUCGUCGAAUAAUACUUCGACUACUUACUCUUCGUCGUCAAACUCCGUUGCCUCAUUGCGGAGUCAAUCGCCGAUGCUGACUAGGAAGGUUCGACCGGUUGCGACGCCGGUUCGGGAUCCCGGUUCGGUUAAACGGUCCCAAUCAGUGGACCGGAGACGGCCUGUGACGCCUGUAUCAACAGAGACGUCUACUGCGGCAAAGCAGCUAUUGAAUUCCAGUAGGAGCUUAUCCGUUUCGUUUCAAGGUGAGUCAUUAUCUAUACCUGUCCGUAAAGCAAAACCUGCUCCUGCAACGAACAAUCUUGGUAGUACUGUAAGGAAGGGUACGCCGGAGAGAAGGAAAGUCACGGCGGAGUUUGUCACGCCGGAGAGGGGGAAAAUUGCGGCAGCUGCAGAGUUACUUAAGCCGGUGAGAGGAGAUCGGACUGAAAAUGUAAAGCCGAGUGAUCAGCAUAGGUGGCCGGGGAGGUCAAAGUCACUGAAUUCAAGUUUUCUUACACGAAGCAUGGAUUGUGGUACUACUGACGAGCCAAAAUUUGGAUCUGAAAGUGUCAUUAAGUCAUCGAUGAAAUCGGUAAUUGGCAUAUAUCACAGAGCUAGAAUUGAAAGUAAAUUGAAACCUCAAAGUGUUAAUGAUGAGAUUGAUAUGAAGUCAGCUUAUGGAUCAACUAUAUCUGUUGAUGCAUUGGCUUCAGAUAGUGAAAGUGUCUCUUCAGGGAGUACUACAGGUGUCCAUGAUGGUCCAAUUGUGACUCAAGGGCGAGGAGGUCCACGAGGUAUAGUUGUGCCUGCUAGGUUUUGGCAAGAGACUAACAACAGGAUCCGACGAGGGUCAGAACUUGGUUCUUCUGUGGAGAAAAAUGGUACAUUGAAAUUAAUGACUCCUUCAAAGCAAAUUGGUAAUAAGAAGUUUCUGAUUGAUAGCCCCACAACAUCACCUCGGGGUGUCCCAGCUUCUAAAGGUUUAUCUUCUCCUCGAGGGGGUCUAAGACCAGCGUCACCAAAUAAGGCAUUGAUAUCUCCUUUAAGAAGGAUGCCAAGUCCUACAAUAACAAGAAAUGGUAUUAUGGGUUCAAUAUCUAAUAAUUCAUGCAUCAUGCCCUCAAUUUCGAAUUUUGCUGCUGAUGCAAGAAGAGGGAAGGUAGGGGAGAACCGGAUAGUUGAUGCACAUGAAUUAAGGCUUUUAUAUAAUCGUCACCUUCAAUGGCGAUUCGUCAAUGCGCGAGCAGAAGCUGCACUAAAGGCACAGACAACAACAGCGGAGAGGAACCUGUACAAUGCUUGGUUAACUACUUUAAAAUUGCGGCAUUCUGUUAAGUCCAAAAGAAUUCAGCUGCUGCUGUUGCGGCAAAAUGUGAAGCUAUAUUCCAUCCUCAAAGGACAAGGGCCGUGUUUGGAUAGUUGGAGUAUGAUUGAUGGAGAUCAUCGCAAUGCAUUGUCAGGAGCUAUAUGUGCUCUGGAAGCCAGCACUAGUCGUCUCCCUGUUGUGGAAGGAGCUAGGGCAGAAGUUCAAAAUGUGAAAGAUUCAAUUUCUUCAGCCGUUGAUGUGAUGCAGGCAAUGGGAUCCUCAAUGUGUUCUUUGCUUCCAAAGGUAGAGCAGGUGGAUUCUAUGGUAUAUGAGCUUGCAGAUGUAGUUGGUAACGAGCGUGCUUUACUUGACCAUUGUAACGAUCUCUUGUCAUCACUGACAGCUCUACAGGUGAAGGAAUGUAGCCUGAGGACACAUUUAUUACAACUAAAAGACACGGUUUCUUGCUCAACAACAGAAGUGUAACGCUGAUCUUUUUGACUGCUUAACGGAAACACUAACAUCAAAGGAAGCUCUUCUUUAACCCAAGUGAUGGUGAUAUGACAAAUUGGUUUCUUUUAUAGCUAGAGUUACCUGAUUCAGGCUUGUGGAAUGCUGCAGUAAUUGCAUUUUGUAUGCAUCGUGAGUAGGAAAUUGCUGCUUUUAUGUUUCAUAGCAGCGCUUAUAUCUUCGGCUUUUAGCUUCAGGAACAUUUAUAGAUGUAUAUAUACUUCCAUCUUUAAAAGUAAUCCCUUCAAUGAUAAGUUGGAUAAAGUAAUAAAUGGGAGAUCUUUGAACA